UAUAUUGAGUCUCAAUUUUUUUUUUCCUUUUUUUCAUCUUCCUUACAUUACAAAGUAAAUAAAAAUCUGCAAAGCUUCACUGAUAGCCAUGGAAACUUUGACGUCUUCUGCCACAACUACUCCUUCUCUAUCCGUUUUUGCUCCUAAAUCCAAACAUCUCUCUUCUCGUAAAUUUGUCAAGUUUUCAGUUUCACGCAAAAAUAAUGGAAAUGAACCCGAUCUUCAAUCGGAUGCGAAUGACAACACCAGUAUCGUUCCCAUCUUCAACAAUCCUACUCUCUCCAAGGAUGCAGCUAUGGGUUUGGUCCUUAGUGCAGCUAAUGUGAGAGGCUGGACUACUGGCUCGGGUAUGGAGGGGCCACCUGUGCCUGCUGGUUCUGAUUCUGAAUCCAAUACUGACCAGAUUUCCACCUUCCCUUGGUCUCUCUUUACUAAAUCUCCGCGAAGGCGUAUGCGUGUGGCCUUUACUUGCAACGUCUGUGGCCAACGAACUACUCGUGCCAUCAAUCCUCAUGCCUAUACUGAUGGCACUGUUUUUGUCCAGUGUUGUGGAUGCAAUGUAUUUCACAAGCUUGUGGACAAUUUGAACCUGUUCCAUGAGAUGAAAUGCUACGUGAGUCCUGACUUCAAUCCAAAUCCAGACAAUGAUAUUGGCUUCAAGUAUUUUGAUAUGGAUGAUGACAACGAUGACGUCUUUCCGCUUUUUUAAGGUCUGAUAGAAGGAUGUGUAAAAAUUAGACUGUUAUACAUUCCCUUGCUUCUAUUAGGCAGUUUCUUUAAUCACAUGACUGUAAAUAACAAGUAUACCCUGUUUAUAUGACUGUUAAUAAUUGAAUAUGCAUAUUGAUAUGUCUUAUCUUGGUUUGAUCUUGAA